AUGACUCCGAGCAAACCUUCACCGCUCGUGCACGCAAAAGACCGCCCCAAAACCACCGACGUCUCGGCAAUGCAGCGCAUGUUGGCCCGCUAUACAGCUUCUUUGCCACAGAAACCCGGGAAGGCAAUGCCACCUUCCUCUUCCCCGAAAACGCUCGCUAUUGUGGGCUCGACUGGCUUUCUUGGACCGUAUGUUGUUGCAUCUCUGCUACGAGAGCAUCCCGAGUGCAAGAUCAUCUGCUUCAACCGCAGCGAUGAUGGGGAGCAGCGCACUAUGUCAGCGUUGCAGGACAUAAUGGGCGACACGUCCUCCGCGCGCCAACGUUUGGAAUUUCUCAUCACCGACAUCGCAAGACGCGUCAGAGACCCGAACCACGAUCCCAUCGUAGACACAAUACCUCAAGUGGAGGAGCUAGUUUUCAACUCUUGGGAUCCUCACUGGGGCAAGCCUCUUAGCUCGUUUGAGUCCUUGUUGGAAGCGCUGCACAAAGUCGUGGACCUUCUCGCCUCUGCUGCCGGCCAUCCUCGGAUCACCUUUGUUUCUUCAAUCUGUGCUGUAGGCAACUGGCCGCUGCGGCAUCCCGACCGGCCCAUGAUUCCAGAAGAAGUGAUGUGGGACUGCGACAGCGCAAUGCCAAACGGGUACGGUCAGUCUAAGUGUGUUGCAGAGCAGCUGCUCGCCAAAGCGCAUGAGAUUGCAAAACUUCGCGUCAACAUAGUGCGCGCGGGCCAGAUUGGCGGGUCGACGAACUCAAAGCAUUGCACAUGGCCGCGGCAGGGUUGGGUCUAUUCCGUCAUUCAAUCAUCGGCGAAGCUUGGUGUGUUCCCAAAGCACGUUCAACCUUUGGAUUGGAUCCCCGUGGACGCGCUUGCGCAAGGCAUAGCCAACUGUAUCAAGCGCCCACCCACGCCAGGCGGUUUGCAAGUCUUCAACAUGGUACAUACCCAUCCCGCUGCCUGGAGUGUGUUACAUGAAGCGUUACGAACUAGGUUUGGAAUUCCGACUCAGGCUGUUGAUCUGCCAGACUGGCUGGAGAGAAUGGAGCAGGACGACUUGAGAAUACAUGGCUUUCUGAGUACACAGGGGAGCGGCAGAGAGGCGAAUAUGGCAUUCGAGAACACUCGCGCACUGGAGGUAUUGCCCCCAAUGAGUUCAAUCAACAAAGAUUUGUUAGCGACGUGGCUGCGAGGAUGGGAGCUUGGGUCGAGAGCGAAGAUGUAA